AUGGUAUCCAACAGUGAGAAUUACACGCAAAGCGAUUGGGCCAAUGAUUUCACCCUCGCUCUUGAUGCUCACAUUGAUGCUUUCGCCAUGAACAUGGCCUCUGGGGACCCUGUCAACAGUGCAGCCCUCCCUGACGCCUUCACUGUUGCCGACGCCUUGGGCUUCCGUCUCUUUUUUUCUUUUGAUUACGCUGGCAAUGGUCCUUGGCCUGAAGAUCAAGUCUUGGACCUACUCCAAACCUACGGAAGCAACCCUGCUUACUACCGGCACAACGGUCAACCUUUUGUCUCAACCUUUGAAGGGCCAAAUAAUGCUGAUGAUUGGUUGUCCAUCAGAGCAAAAACCAAUUGUUUUCUGGUACCAGACUGGUCUUCUCUCGGGGCCAAAGCGGCCAUGGCCAAAGACGUGGCCGAUGAGCUCAUGAGUUGGGCGGCCUGGCCCUGGGGUGGCCAGGAAAUGAACACCUACGUCGACGCAUCUUACCGCGACUAUCUGCAUGUAAAGCCGUACAUGAUGCCUGUCUCCCCUUGGUUCUAUACCAACUUGCCUGGAUACAACAAAAAUUGGAUGUGGCGCGGUGACAACGUUUGGUAUGACCGAUGGCAAGAGGUCUGGUAUCUGCAGCCCGAGUUUGUGGAAAUUCUCACCUGGAAUGACUACGGCGAGUCUCAUUACAUUGGCCCACUGUACGACAAGGCCAUGGCUCCGAUGCACAUUGGCAAGGCACCAUUCGACUACGUCAAAGAUAUGCCUCAUGACGGAUGGCGUCUGUUUCUGCCCUAUGUUAUUGACAUGUACAAGUCCAACAUCACGACCGUCACCGAGGAAGGGCUGGUGACUUGGUUCCGCCCUCAGCCCAUAGGUGCUUGUAACGAUGGCAAAACGACGAUCAACACCGCGAGCCAGCUACAAGUUGAGUUUGCACCAGGCAGCAUGUUGACUGACGAGAUCUUCUUCUCUGCUUUACUCGCUUCCAACGCAGACAUCUCCGUGUCCGUGGGCGGCACGUCCGUAGGCAGUGCCUCGUGGACUCACAAGCCUAGUGGAGGAGUGGGAAUCUACCACGGCAGCGUGGCUUAUACUGGCAGCGGCGCUGUUGUUGUGACUAUCAGUCGGAAUGGAGCCACACUUGCCCAAGUCUCUGGGGGCAGUGCCACUUCCAGCAGUUCUGUGUCAGCGAAGCCUCCCUCUCUGGGCAAAGACACCUGCGUUGAAGGCGCCGGUACGGGAAACUUUGCAGGUCUCUGUGCUUUCUCGUGCCGAUACGGCUACUGCCCGGUUGGGGCCUGUUAUUGCACCAAGAUGGGACCGGCUCUCACUCUCCCCAAUGCCACCGGUAUUGUCGGCUAUCCGGCUGCGGGCGAGGAUGCCAAUUACAGCGGCUUGUGCAGUUUCACCUGCAAUUAUGGUUACUGCCCCGAGAGCUCGUGUGGCACCGUUCAAGUGCCCUUGAGUAUACCCAGCAGUUCGCCAUUCACCCCUCUUGCUUGUGUGGCCGGCACCGGGGAGGGCAAUCUGGGUGGCUUAUGCUCAUACGCAUGCACCUUUGGAUACUCAACGGUCGACUAUGACAAGUAUCAUGGGCUGUGCGACUUUGCCUGCAGUCGAGGUUACUGCCCCGAAGGUGCCUGCGUACUCGCAUCGACCGCAGGAACCGGCUCGACCGGCUCCGUGGGCCAUGACUCGGGUUCUUCCUCCACAGAUAACGGCACGGUGGUGUACAUCGACUCAUCUGUGUGGUCAAAUCCGCAAGCUGCAUGCUCCAUACCCUGUGUGAUGGUAUUGCCCGACAUUCCGCGACUGGGCCCAGCGAUCUUUACGCCACCUCCGUACACCACCACCGUUGUAGUAGAGUGGGUUGAUGUCGAGGUGGUCACUCAGAAUGAUGCCAGUACGUCUACAGUUCAUCGGACCAACAGCGUGGCUCAGGCUACAACGAUCUCGUUGCCCCCCGUUGCAAUCCCCCAAUACCCUGUAUGGGACAUGACGAUCGACAAGCCUGGCCGGCAUCACCCCACGCCUCGAGUUUCACCGUGGACUGUGGGGAUCCAAGAUGACCCCAACCCACUCCGAGAGACUGGUGUCAGCCACCCCCCGAAGAAUCGGACCCUUAUCAUCCCUCCCUACCCUUGGGAUACCACUCCUUAUGGCAGCGAUGGAAGCGACGACGGUCUGAUUAUCCCCAAGCCUCCUCCCAUCGACGUGAGUGACGGUCCUACCAAUCCGGAGUGUCAGAGUGGGUGCGACCAAAAGCCCUGCAACGACUUGUUCUGCCACUGUCUCUGGGCCUGCCCACAUACUGGUAUGACUUAUGAUGUUGGUGGCUCCGAUCCAGGCAAUCCUGACGAUCCCGACCCCAGCAUCAUCAACGGACCGGACCCGAAUGCCGAAAAUGAGGACACGGACAAAAAGACGACCACAACGGCGUCCAGCACCUCAUCCUGUACGCGUCAGACAGUCACGGAUGCCUGGAUCUCCUGCACGUCCGUGGAUUCGACCUCGACCUCGUGUACGACCACGAGCACCUUGGCCGACGUUGGCUGCUCGGUCACAGCGAUGGCCACUACAACAGGGGUGGCUGAAAUUCGCUACUCGGUGUCCCCUGACGAUGACCAAGGCGAGGACGGUGGAGGCCGGAGCAGCCCUGGGUGGCCAGGAUGA